GUUUCAUUGUCUUUCGAAUUAUCCAGACACUAUUGUGAUUGUAAUAAGGUUGGCAGGGUAUUUAUUUAUGAAACUGAGACCGACUUAGCCACUUCAGUCCACACAUUCUCGAUUCCGAAGUCAAGAGUCACUAUCUACCUGGAUAUAUUUUAUCGAGAAGCAUGUUUCCUUUAAUCUCGGUGCUGUGGUUCGUGUGCUUAAGCUCAACAUCUGGUGAUACGUUUAUGGGAAAGCUUUUUUCUAAAGGAUCAAAUGGUUCACCCACUUCGCUUACUAACAGCGCAAUAGCGAUGUGGAUGCAGCGAAGUGGCUUAGCAAGACGAGUCUGUCAGAGGGGGAUAUCAGUACAUACGUACGACUCUAGCGUUUCUGCAAGAAGUGCGUCAGUUGUGACAGGACAAUGUGAAAUCCAGUUUAUAAAGUCAAGUGCUGGAGUUCCUCUGAGCCCAGAUCAAAAGCCAUGCCCUGGCAUGCAAGCCUGCGUUCCUACCAUGUCAGAGAUUAUCAACCUCAGAACCACCAAUGGCAUCAGUGACGUCACGAGUGCAAUCAACUGCGCGUGCGCACCGAAGAUUUCAGGUUGCCAUCGUCGAAGAAGACUACGUGUUUUCUACCGAAAUACAAAAUUCGAACGAGUAGUUGACGUCGGGGAAUGUGCGGGAAACUGUGGACAGAAUAGAUGCCAACCGCUGGCCAUAAAAACCGUCGCCAUCAAGAGUCCAAAUGGUCGCAAAAGUGUUGAGGUUGUUGAGAAGUGUGGAUGUGCACAUUCGUGCUACAGAAUCUCGUACAAAAAGGCUUACCAAGUGUUGACAAAGAAACAAAAGAGUAACGCAACGGAAACUAAGGUUAUUGAUAUCGGCACCUGUUCAAGCUCAUCAGUUUGCACCGGCCACGUACAAGGAAAAUGUUUGUACUGGGCCAAACCAGUUGUCACAAGCCAACAAACCUCGCCAUUCUCAGUCUCUAGUUCAUCCGAGAAAGUUUGCCUACUGCGCACAAAGGGUAGACCACGUGGGUGUUACGCUGAAAAGACCCGAGUUAUAACACUAAACACGCUGCAAGAGCCCAAUAUGAAAGUAACUGUUAUCGACUCCUGCACAUGCUCAUGAGGAAGCACACGUUGUCUAACAACGAGCUCUGGAAUGUAAUAUCUAGUUUGUUGAAAAACUACGACGAAAAUAACGACUCAAAUCAUAGUUAUUUUGUGGGUUUGUCUUUUCUUUUCCUUUCCUUUUUUUUCUUUUCUGUUUAAUUUAUGGUAAAAUAUAUAUUAACUAAAAAAUAUUCACCUAGAGAUCACUAAA